AAAAACAUUAUUAGGAAAAGCAGAAUCUUAGCUGGAUCCACCACUACCUAAAUUUUACUCUCAACUUUCUCCCCUUUUCUCCCUCUGAUUCAACCUUUUCCCAUACACACACAUUCAACAUACUUCCUUCUCUCUCCCACAUUUGGAAAGAGAGAGAGAAACAAGACUCUCACACCCAACACAAUGUGCAGCACCAUCUUCAUCUUCAUCUUCAUCCUCAUUGCACCCUUCUUCCCCCAAACAACACCCACACCCAUCCACAGAAGAAUCCUCCACCAACCCCUUCUCCCCCAAGGAGCCUCACCCCCUCCCUCACAGCCCCCAACCCCACCACCAUCCCCAAACCCUUCACCUCCAAACCCAAAGUACCCAUUUUCAGCAACACCCAACACCAAUGCCUCCACACCAUUCUUCCCCACAUACCCAUCACCACCACCGCCACCCUCUCCCUCAGCCUAUGCUUCCUUCCCAGCUAACAUAUCCUCCCUCAUCCUCCCCCAAUCCCCCAAAUCCAAAUCCUCCGCCAAACUCCUCGCCGUCGCCAUCGCCUCCGUCGCCUCCGCCCUCGCCGUCGUCGCCCUCUCCGCCUUCGUAUACUGCCGCCGCCGCCGCAAGCACUACUCCGCCGACGACAAAACCCUCAGAUCCGACAGCAGCAUCCGCCUCUUCCCCCGCGAGCCACCCCCCGCCGCCGGCGCUGCCCGGAAAUCCAGAAACACUUCCUCCACCAGCUCUGAGUUUCUCUACCUCGGCACCAUUGUUAACUCCCGCGGCGGUGGCGGUGUCGAUGACCUUUCCGACCCACGCGCCGCCGCGUUGAACCCCCGGAAAAUGGACUCGCCGGAGCUCCAGCCGCUGCCGCCGCUGGCGAGACAGGCCUCCAGGCUCCGCGAGGAGGCUACUCCGCAAGAGGACGAUGAAGAGGAGUUCUACUCGCCGAGAGGGUCGUUGAACGGAAGAGAAGGCUCCGCCGGAACCGGAUCGGGUUCCCGGCGAGUUUACGCUCCAUCCUUGUCCACACUCUCGUCUCCGUCGCCGGCUUUCGGUCAGCACGUGCCUUCGUCGUCAAUGUCGUCGUCGCCGGAGCGGAGGGAAUGCCAGUCGCCGUCGCUCUCGCCACUCUCUCUGUCGCCGAAGAAAAACCCAGAUGGUGAAUCUGUCCCGGGACACGUUGUGCUCGAAAAGACGGAUUCUUUUGGCUCAUCUAAGGAGAAAAACGAAGGUGGGUCGCCGAGACUGUCGAAUGCUUCUUCUGUUGGGAAGUCGUCGGCGUUUUCUCUGCCGUCGCCUGAAAGAGGAAUGAACUUGCAUCACGGGUUGGAUCAGUCUCCGACCAUAUCCGAUGUUUCAGAUCGGUAUCGGCAUUCUCCUCUUUCAUCACUGCCUCUGUCGCCGACGUUGCUUUCGUCACCGGAGAUAGAGUUGAACCCUCAGCCUCAGCCUCAGCCUCAGCCUCAACCUCAACCUCAGCCUCAGCCUCAGCCACCACCUUCUCGGAAGCACUGGGAGAUUCCUGACUUGUUGACCCCAAUUAGCGAAUCACCAAACUUUUCAGCUCCACAGAGGAAACAAUGGGAAAUUCCGGUUCUUUCGGUACCAAUUGGUCAAUCUAGUAGUGUUUUAGCCCCUCCUCCGCCACCUCCACCACCUCCACCGCCACUACCGGUGGUGCGGCAGCGGAAGCAGUGGGAGGUGCCGUUGCCUUCUCCGGUUACCCCGGUGGGUCAACCGGUUUCAAGGCCGCCGGCACUGACGCCUCCUUCUAGGCCUUUUGUGUUGCAAACCCCAAAUACUAAGGUUUCUCCUGUUGAGUUGCCACCUGCUAGUUCUCAGAGUUUUGAGGAGAAUCCUGAGGAGAUGUCUAAACCUAAGUUGAAGCCUUUGCAUUGGGACAAAGUGAGAGCCAGCUCUGAUCGUGAGAUGGUGUGGGAUCAAUUGAGGUCCAGUUCUUUUAAGUUGAAUGAAGAGAUGAUUGAAACUUUGUUUGUAGUGAACACACCAAACCCAAAACCCAAGGAUACUACACCUCGCUCAGUUCUUGCCCCUCAAAAUCAGGAGGAUAGGGUGCUGGAUCCUAAAAAGUCUCAAAACAUCGCUAUCUUGUUAAGAGCACUUAAUGUGACCAUAGAAGAAGUGUGUGAAGCACUGUUAGAAGGUAUUACUGAUACACUUGGAACUGAACUACUUGAAAGCUUGCUAAAAAUGGCACCAAGCAAGGAGGAAGAACGCAAAUUGAAGGAACAUAAAGAUGAUUCUCCAACCAAGCUUGGUCCUGCUGAGAAAUUUUUGAAGGCAGUGCUUGAUGUGCCUUUCGCAUUUAAAAGGGUAGAAGCAAUGCUUUACAUAGCUAAUUUUGAGUCAGAACUGGAGUAUCUUAGGAAAUCCUUUCAAACUUUGGAGACUGCCUGUGAGGAGCUGCGAAACAGUAGAAUGUUCUUGAAGCUUCUAGAGGCCGUGCUCAAAACCGGGAACCGCAUGAAUGUGGGGACAAACCGUGGGGAUGCACAGGCAUUCAAGCUUGACACGCUUCUCAAGCUGGUUGAUGUCAAAGGCGCAGACGGGAAAACCACUCUACUUCACUUCGUUGUACAAGAAAUCAUCAGAACCGAAGGUGCUCGUCUCUCAGGUACCACCAACCAAGCCCCAAAUGUGAAUUCAAACGAUGAUGCCAAGUGCAGACGGCUCGGCCUGCAAGUGGUCUCCAGUCUAAGUUCAGAUCUAGCAAACGUGAAGAAGGCCGCCGUGAUGGACUCGGAAGUCCUCAGCAGCGAGGUCUCAAAACUCUCCAAAGGAAUUGCACACAUUGCAGAGGUUGUGCAGUUGAAUGAAAAUGCAGGGUCAGAUGAGAGCAGCCAGAAGUUCAAAGAGUCAAUGAACAAGUUCAUGAAGAUGGCUGAGGAGGAGAUUCUAAAAGUCCAAGCCCAAGAAAGUGUUGCUCUAUCACUUGUGAAGGAGAUCACAGAGUAUUUCCAUGGGAACUUGUCAAAGGAAGAAGCUCAUCCAUUUAGAAUCUUCAUGGUAGUGAGAGACUUCUUAACAGUUCUUGAUAGGGUGUGCAAAGAAGUUGGUAUGAUAAAUGAGAAAACCAUGGUUAGUUCUGCACAUAGAUUCCCUGUCCCAGUGAACCCUAUGCUUCCACAACCACUUCCUGGACUCAUUGGAAAGAGACAUUACAGUUCCUCAGAUGAUGACAGUCCUUCACCUUAGCUGCAUGUGUAUCACUCAUGUCAGUGUCACAUCUUUUUGGCUGUCAGGAACAACCUGGAACCAGGUGAUUUUGAAGGGUCUGGGGGUGCAUGUAUGUUCUGGCCCAUUUUUUUUUUUCUUGUUAAAUUGUAAAAAUCCUUGUAAAAGAUUUGAGUUAUAUAUAUUAUAGAUUAUAUAUAGAGUAGAAGAUUUUCUUUGGGAAAAAGAAGCUUUGCCAUAUAUGAAUAGGAUAUGUAUUUUUACUAAGUUUGUUAUGUACAAAGCUAUUCAAUUGCAGAUGAGUCCUGGUUACAAAUGCUCUUUGGAAGAGUGUAAUUU